AUGUCAUGUCCGAAUAAUAUAGCGCCCGGGAACUUCCUGAUGGAUUCUUUGAUGGGAGGUUCAUCUUCCUUCAGGGGUGAGGGUUAUUCCAGCAGCCCCGGGAUGUACAUCCACACCGCUGCAGAGUACGGAUAUUCAGUGAUGAGAAACAUUGGGAAGGUAGGACCGGCUUCUCGCUCCAAACGGGACGAGGUUCCUCCUCCGGGCGGUGUUCCGCUCAGCGCCUUCCAGGAUGCGUCCUACCUGUCAGCACAGCUGCCCACAUGGACCCCGGGCUCCAAACCCAGCAGAGACGAACAACCUGUUGCCCAGUGUUUACAACCCUGCUCGUUUCCAGCGGGCAACGUCAAAGAGGAGGCGUUUUGCUGCCUCUAUCAGGAUGACAGCAAUAAGGGGAAGCAGGCAACAACAGAGGCGGCCACUUACAUCCGGCUCGGGGACAAUAGCUGCCGGCCCGAGCAAACUGCUUCGUCCAGCGGCUGUUUCCAGGUGUACAGCGGAGAGAGGCCGCAGCAGGACGACGACCGGCAGUUCCCCUCCGGCUUCUCCCUGACCCACUUGGCGACAUCUGCUGAAUCAGCAUCAGAAUCGACAAAAAGUUGCAGUAAAUCGGCACAGGAGACAGCGAGGGAGGUUUCAGAGACAGAGGAGAGUCAGAACAGGAAGGAAGAGAAGGCCAAUAGUGACAGCUGCUCAGAUCAUUCGGACGGGGAAUUAAAAGAUGAUUUAUCCGCGGAAAAGACUACGGGGAGCUGGUUAAAAGCCAAAAGUGGAAGGAAGAAGCGGUGUCCCUACACAAAGCACCAGACGCUGGAGCUGGAGAAGGAGUUCUUGUUCAACAUGUAUCUGUCUCGGGAGCGCCGCCUGGAGAUCAGUCGGAGUAUCAACCUGACCGACAGACAGGUCAAGAUCUGGUUCCAGAACAGACGCAUGAAGCUCAAGAAAUUCAACAGGGAGAUCCGAGAGAGGGAGCACAGUGCAGUUUAUAACUAUUCCUGA